AUGACAAGAAUUUCUUCUUCUCCAUGUUCUUUGAAAAAAUUGCCAGAUGAUGAAUGCUGGCUCAUUCUCAAAGAAAAUGCAUGUGGUGUUGGGGAAGUGCCGGAUGGACUGCAAGACAUAGGAUACGAGAUUGCACAAAAAUGCCAAGGUGUACCAUUAGCUGCAAGUGUAGUCGGCUGGAUAUUGCGCAACAAGGGAAGUGAUGAAAGGCUUUCAAUUUUGGAGACUGGCCUUCAAAAUUUAGGUGGAGAUGAAAAGUUGAGCCUUCAUCAUCUUCCAUCUCCAUCGCUGAAAAAGUGCUUUGCAUACUGUUCAAUUUUUCCCAAAGACAUUGAAAUAAAUAGUAGUCAGCUACUUCCAACUUUGGGCAGCAGAAAGAUUUCUUCAUUCAAAUCCAAGAAACAAUAUGGAGAUGGAGGAAAUGCUGUGAGGGAUGAGUACAGGAAUGUUUUGAAUUGCAAAAUGCAUGAUCUUGUGCAUGAUUUGGCAUUAUCCAUCUUCAAUUAUAAAGCCUUAAGGUUGAAAGGAACUAGAACAUAUUACGACGAGACCCUUUCUAUUCGGUAUCUUGCGACGGAGAAUGGUGACGAAGAAAUACCAUUUCCUUUGCAUGAGAGUUUCAGUCGAAUCAGCGCUUUUACCAGUCUGUCAAUUUGGAAUGUCAAAGAGCUCACCAAGCUACCAAAUGGGUUAUUCCAAAAUAAUCCGAAUCUUGCAUUUUUCAAGUUGUACAAUUGCCAUGAGUUGGAGCAGUUGUUGGAUUUCAGCUCUGGUGUUCAAAUCCAAAAUUGCCAAAUAGUACCUGAGUUGAACCAAUCAUACAGUAAUGUUGACAAUAUUAAUUCUCAAGAUCUGCACGCCUCCUCCUUUGAAAUUCUUGAUUUAGAAGUUUUUGCAGUAAAAUCAUUGCCCGAUUGGUUUGGGAAGCUUUCGUCACUUGUACAACUCGGGCUCGACUAUUGUGAAACGCUAGAGAGUUUGCCUUCCAACCAAUCAAUGAGAAGCCUCGCCAAACUAAGAUGGCUGCGGAUUGAAGGUUGUCACCCUCUACAGGAAAGAUGCAAUCCAGAGAGCAGCCGCAGCAGCAACGCCCCCAAUUCUGAGUGGUCCAAGAUAUCCCAUGUUCCUGAAAUCACCAUUGAUGGUUAG